UGGAUUGACUAAUGAUGAUGUAGAUAUUUAGAGACUAGAAUGUAGUGACUUUAGUGAAGGGGAAUAAAUUGAGACCGUAUAAAAAUUAAGAGUAAUUGGAAAAGAGUGAAAGGAAAUAUGGAGAAUUUACACUUACAUUUAAAGUAUUUAUUAUGAUUAAAAUAAUUAGAUUCCUGAUAUUUAUGAAAGAUAAUGGUCUUAUUUUGGUGUGGAAUAAGGAGUGAUCACAAUAAAAUACUAUAAAGAUAAAGAUGAUAUUUGA